CUAAACUAUAAAUUCCGUUUAAUUUAAAGGAGUACGGUUUAAGGAGUCCUUGGUGUUUUACUGUAAAGGAUUCAGAGCUGGGUGUGUUCAGCGUCGUCCAAUAGACUACAGGGUGUGUCAUAAUAAAAGUGAAUAGCACUAGGUGUCCAUUUUACUUCCGCAAAGCAGGAAGAAAGGGAGUUCUAACACCGUGUAAGUCUAAGCGUUUUAUCUUUUUUUUUUUUUUUUUAAAUGUCGAAUUACUGAGAAAUGUUGUUUAUUUGUGUGCCGUUUUAACCAUUUUAAAUGUAAUUAAGUAGUGUUGGGGGGGUUCUUUUUUGAAACUUGAAAAGUAACUUUGGUGAACAUCAACAGUCGCCAACUGCUUUUGGCUUCGUGCCAGUGUUUUAAUGCUGAUUUUGGGGAGAAAAAUUAUUCUGAAUAAUGUGUGUGUGUGUGUGUGUGUGUAUAUGUAUGUAUGUAUGUAUGUAUGUAUGUAUGUAAGUAAUAUAUUUCACAGAAAGUUUUAUCAAGUUAAUCUUAAUGUCCUCUUUAAAAACAUUUUAAUUUAUCGUUGUAUUCCUCUUUUCUAUUUAUGACGCACUUUUCAGUCCUAUAUUUAUAACGGCCAGAUUAACUAAGAAUAUCCUACAACACUGUGUAUAUGUGUACCUGUAGAACAGCGACAUUUGUGUUUAACGUUUUUAACGUUUUAAGGUUUUUAUAUUUGUAAAGUUAAAGGUUUCUUAACUUUUGAUUUCAUUAUGAACACUACAUAUCGCUUAUAUAUUAGCUGCUGUUGUGUAACGCUAAAACUGAAAUUUCACGGGAAAGAUAUAUAUUCUUUAUUAAAACUGUAAUUCUCUCUCUCUCUCUCUCUGUGUCUAGUUUGUUCUCUCUCUCUCUCUCUCUCUCUCUCUCUCUGUCUGUCUAGUCUAUUCUCUCAUUCUCUUGAGUCUAGUUCCUGUUGCACAUUGAUCAAAGUAAAGGUGUGAGGGGGGGGAAACAAAAUUGACUAGGAACAAACAAGUUUCCUCAUUCAGUCUAAUAUAAGGAUGAGUAUAAGCACGGAAAACAAAAGUCAAGUGAUAUGUGAAUUAAUUGGGGCCUACAGAGAAGAUGGUUGUGUGGAUCUUGAUACAGUUGCCAGUGUUGUAAAAAGUUACUCGGGUACAGUGAUUCCCCUCAUAAAACCAAAGGGUUACAGUGUGAGAGUGUGUGGGCAGGAUGGCACAGUCUACGCUGGGAAUGAAGACCAGCUAGAAGCCUGGAAAGAUUUCUACCUGCCAGAGAGAAUGGAGAUGGUGGUGAUUGGUGUGAUUGAUGACUUCCCAUGUGAUGCAUUUGGCCUACAGUUGGUUCUCUUGCUGUGUGAAGACGGGAACAUCUAUGCAUAUGAAGAUGAAGUUCUGCACCUUGUAGCCAGGAGUGUAAAGGAGCUGUUUGAAACUGGCUUGGCUUUUCCCGGAUUAGAAUGCUACAAGCUAGGGGAAUGUUUUGAGGACUAUACAGAGGAAGAAUAUAAAGAAAUCAUGGAAUCUGAUGACAUCAAGGAAAUGAAAGAGGCACACGAAAAGUUCCGUGAGUCAUUGGAGCUUGGACUUCUAGAAUCUUUAAAGGAAUUCAAAAGCAGUCACUUUAAGGAUGUGGAGGAAAGCAUGGCCCAACCCCAGAAGAACUCCACCACGAUGAAAGAAUGUUACGAGAUUGUUGUUCGCAAGCCCAUGCCAGUUGUUCCUUUGCACAACUGGGAGUGCUUAUUCAAACCCUGGAUUGCUGAGUGUGGGAGUACAACCUGGGUGUUACCCCAGUCUAAAGCAGCGCAGCUGUGGAGCGGCUGUGGAGUGGCUAUGGCUCAGGUGGUAGAGCGGGUUGUACACUAAUCGCAGGGUUGAAGGUUCGAUUCCCGGCCCACGUAACUCCACAUACCGAAGUGUCCUUGGGCAAGACACUGAACCCCAUCUUAUUAACAAUUUCAUUUGUUUUCAAAGUCUUUUUCAGGGUGUCUUAUGCAAUGUUGAUGUAUAGACAUUUAAUCUAUCUACUGUAAGUUAGAUCUAUCUAAGUUUAAUCUAAGUUGUAAAUCUUUGGUAAAUGAUUUCUCUUUAUGUACUAUAUAGUGAUGUGGCAUAUAUAUGCUAAAUCAGCAUUAACAAAAUAUUCCUUAAUGUGAACCAGAUUCAUUUCCAUCCAUGUCCACUUGCAUAUGUAAUGAAAUACCAUUAAUGUAGAUUGUGUAUUGAGAACUUUACUUGGACUGCUUUGCUGUGAAUAUUACUACAGAAACUAUAGCUAACUAGCAUACACUAAAGACAGAAUAUUUACUGUAUGUAAUGUAAAUAUAAAAAUGUUCUUCGAAGGAAAAGAACAUUUAAUGUCUCUUGCUUCUUGUUAUACGUUUCUUUGAUAAUCUUGCACUUUGGUUGGAGUUGGGGAAAGCUUUGUGUUAAAGAAAUAAACAAUAUGUUUAUAUAUAAUGGUCUGCUAUUACACUGCCAUGUACUACAUUGUAGGGUUGUAAUGUAGGCCUAGCACAUGUGACAAGAGUAAUACAAACAGCAUUUAAGGAAACUUAGUUUUCAGCUAUCUGUGACUAGGACUCAACUGAUUUGUUUUACAAGAAAAAUAUGUAUCCCAGAAAUUAAAAUGAAACUAUACGAUCAGGUACUUGAACUUUAAAUGUUAAAAUGAUAAGAUAUCUAGGCAUAUGGAUGGAUUCUAGGCUGACUUUUAAGAUUCAUGUUCAGAAAGUGUUAGAUAAGUGUAAAAAAAAAAAAAAAAAAAAAAAAAAAAAAAGGGAAUUUAUUAAGAUGUCUAGCAGGAAUCGAAUGGGGAGCUAGUCAAAAGUCUUUACAACGAAUCUAUAGUGCAUUGAUCAGGUCAGUACUGGAUUAUAGAUACAUAAUAUGGGUCUGUGUCUUUAGCCUUGAUGAGGAAAGAAUUAAGAUGUUGUGGUGCUGUGAGUUGGGGUGGGAGAAAUGUCCACGUCUAUACACAAGUUAAAAUUAACAAUGAAUUGUUCGAUUAAUAUGAAAGGACAUUCUGAGACACACUCAGUUAAGGAAAAUAGUGCUGGGAGUAUGGGAAUAAUAAUAUAAGAAGUUUUGGUUAGACAGCAAAUAAAGAGGCUAUGAAUUUGGGAAUUACAGAAAUUCCAGUUUGUCCAACAAUUGUAGUACCAAAUAUACCUCCCUGGUUGUUCCUCAUGGCUCAAGUUGAUUUCCAUCUACACUACAAAGUUAGGAAUUAAACAUAUACAAGUAGUUAUAUCAUACACUUUCUGUCAAACUGUCGAUCAAAGUGUUGUGUGUGUGUGUGUGUGUGUGUGUGAUAAUUUAUGACCCUCUGUGCUUCCCUGACUGGCAGGUCUGUAGGGGUGGUGAGGGGGGUAACCCUAUGGAGUGUAUCAGCUAGUCAAUCUGGCUCCUUUGUGUCUGGGGGUGUUGUGGAGAGGUGGGGGGAAUAGCCCCCCUCCCAACAAAAGGUGUUUAUGUUAAUGAGUUUGGUUUUUGGUGGGGUGAAAUACGUCUGAAAAGAAAUAAUGUUUUUAAUAUGGGGAUGUGUUUGUGUUACUGUGUGGCGUUAUUUCGUUUGUGUAAACACAUUGUUAGAAAAGCAUGAUGUUUGAAUGUGUACAUAUGAGUAGAAUAUUUGUUUUGUGAAAUAAAUGAAAACAAUUGUUGAUUAUGUUUUUAGGGAUCCCGGUUUACCUUUGAAUAAAAAGUUUAGGAAUUAAAGUGUCUUUUUUUUUAA